AUGUGGUCUUGGGCUGGACAGUGCGGGGAAAUUGCACAUUGGGAAGGCCUCACAGGCAGAAUAACUUUCAACAAAACCAAUGGCUUACGAACAGAUCUUGAUUUGGAUGUGAUCAGCCUCAAGGAAGAAGGUCUGGAAAAGAUUGGAACUUGGGAUCCAGCCAGUGGCCUGAAUAUGACAGAAAGUCAAAAGGGAAAGCCAGCCAACAUCACAGAUUCCUUAUCCAAUUGUUCUUUGAUCGUUACCACCAUUUUGGAAGAACCCUAUGUCCUGUUUAAGAAGUCUGACAAACCUCUUUAUGGAAAUGAUCGAUUUGAGGGCUAUUGCAUUGACCUCCUCAGAGAGUUAUCUACAAUCCUUGGCUUUACAUAUGAAAUUAGACUUGUGGAGGAUGGGAAAUAUGGAGCCCAGGAUGAUGCCAAUGGACAAUGGAAUGGAAUGGUCUGUGAACUAAUUGAUCAUAAAGCUGACCUUGCAGUUGCUCCACUGGCUAUUACCUACGUUCGAGAGAAGGUCAUCGACUUUUCCAAGCCCUUUAUGACACUUGGAAUAAGUAUUUUGUACCGCAAGCCCAAUGGUACAAACCCAGGCGUCUUCUCCUUCCUGAAUCCUCUCUCCCCUGAUAUCUGGAUGUAUAUUCUGCUGGCUUACUUGGGUGUCAGUUGUGUGCUCUUUGUCAUAGCCAGGUAA